CUCUCAGUUAGUCACGAUCCUGACGUCGUGGUGCUUCACCCUCCGGUCUUCGUACUACCUGUCAACGAAAAUCAUGCAAGUGUGUCACUAGGCCAAGAGACUGGCACGUGAUCCUUCUAAUAACUUUACUCCUGGCUUAUCAGACACGCAUCAUCCUGACUAACUCCUGCCUCGCUAUCAAUUUCUACCUUCUGACGGUGCCUUCUGUGCGAUCGUGCGAAUUCUUUGUUUAAUGUGUAAACGCCCCGCUAUAUUUCGAACGAGCACGGAUCUUCGAGCGAGAAGAAUAUUUGAUUGGUCGAUCAUCAGCGUCCAUCCUCCGUAUUUCUCGAUAAUUUAGGUGACUCUAAGAAAAAUAUGGAAAGACGUCGAUCCAUCAAUGGCAGCCUCAAUGAACAUACUCUACCCAUUCCAGUUCAGAUGUUCCUCUGGCGACAGCUAAGGCCUUUCAUACGAAUGAAACUUGGGAAAUUACAUGAAGCAUCCUGCACGUUCUGUCAACAUGUGCCAGGCCAUCACGAGAUGAAGGAAGCCUGUACGUCUUUAGAGAAAGUGUUGGUCCAAAAUCUCCACAAUGAUCUGACGCCGUCGUUGAGCAUAAUAUUGGGCGCGGUGCCACGUUGGCGUUUGAUUCAGGCAGCUCUACCUUACGUACUCCAUGCGACAGCCAACCUUUUGCACAAUAGGAAGGAUCUUCAAAGUCUCGGUGCGAUGGAAACGACUCUUCUUUAUAUCCUUCAUUGGAUCCUCCUUGAUGCCGCCGAGGAGUGUGCCGAGUCUGACGUCGAUUCAGGAAAUCCUUUCCAUUAUUUAUUUUCGAUACCGACGAUGACGCUGUUCGUCUAUCUCUUCGCUCCGCUCUGCAAUUAUUUAAAGGACAUUGAUUUCAAGACAAAUUUGCGAUUGGAAAACGGAUUAAAGAUUUGGACCGCGAUGUACGAAUGUCGGCAUCCCGACACAGCCUGCUUUACGGCCCACUGUCGGGUCAAGCCUCGCGUUUUGUGGAGUCGAUCUUUCAAAUUCGUUCAACAUCAUCAAAUGCCGGACGACGUUUUCGUCGGUGGAAACAGCGAGAGCCCGCUUAGUCAAUCAGUGGGUACUACGUUGACCGAUCAGAACAAUAUUUCUCAGAACGUUUCUCAGAGCGUGGCAAAGCAAGAUGAGGAAAGUCCUUGGGUAUCUUCGCCAAAGGACACUGUAUUUCCAGAGACGAUACCUGAGGAAAGUUCAGGUGCCGAGGAUGAACACGUGGUUAUAUUCAGAUUGUCAUCAUUGAGCGAAUCCGAUAGGGGAAUCGACGGGGUAAAAGAAGUAUCAACCAUAUUCGCAGAUGAAACCAGCAUAUUUCACGUUGCAAUGGGCCGAAGUACCGGUUCGUCCAAACCUACCCUCACAAUAGAGAAAGUAACAGCGAUUUCCGGAUUGGAUACUUGCAGGCAAUAUUACAGAAAGCCUUCUCAAAAAGCGAGCGCGGAUAAAGAGAAAGAAGAAAAGACAUCCAAGACAGAGAAAGAGGCGGAGAAAGAGAAAAGUACUUCGAAAACGUCGGGUCAACAUCACAGUUCGCCUUCCGAUACGUCAGGACAGACGGCUGAUCAUAUUCUCGAGGUUGAUAUUCGGGCAGCAACGUUUCUCGACGUAGCCGUUCUUAGAUGCCUCUUCGUCUCUCAGUGGCAAGAAGAAGGAGUAUAUUGGGCCUUACAGUUUUUAUAUCAUCGGUUACGUAGAAUAAACGAGGAAAGUUCGGUGCAACAGAUGCCUCGUCGACGUAGUAACUCCUUGCCAAUACCAAAGAUCGAGGUCUCCAUUUAUCAGAGUCCCGAAAGCAAAAAGAAAGACGUUUCGAAAGAUUUUAUAGAGAUUCCAGAAGUACGAGAUGUUUCCUUGCUGGCGGAAUUACCGUGCCUGACCUGCAAAGGUCACGACGGAGAAUCCAGCCACACGAGACGAGCUAGCGAAAAAACGAAAAAACGUAUGAAAAUGGCCGAUCUCAAAGCUUUUGUCGAAACAAAAAUAUUGUCAAAAUCGGAGAAAGCCCUUGAAAAGAUUGGUCAGGAGGAGCAUAAGAUGCUAUUCGAACAGGAAUGUCACAGGAGCCUCGAUACGGGUGACGACCACUUGACGAGACCAACGUCAACGAGUUCGAAAAUCUUUGAGGCGAAAGAUGUCGAUCAUAUGAAGCAUCCAACUAAUUUAAUUAAAGGAAAGAGCAUGCCAAGUUUGAGCUGCUUGAUUAACGAGCUGACCGCGGGAGGGUACGUUGGUGACACGCGUAUUGAGAGGAAACAAGGUCGGUUUUAUAGUCAAUCCUAUACCGCACCAAAUCCUAUCAUCACCGUCACGGAACACACGCCUACUCCGUCACCAGAUUAUAUGAAACGGCAGGGAUCGAUCGACAGUCAAUUGGAUGCUAUCGGUAUGCACGGUGGAAGAUUGGACUUCGAAAGAAAACCGAGCCUUACCAGAUCUCAAACGGAUUCUAAUAUUACUUAUAUGAGUGACGAAGUGCCAGAGGCUCCUGGUUCAGGUUGUUAUAUCACCAAAGAGGGUGACAUCGAUUACCAAGUAGUUUUGAAGGCCGUUAAUUCGAUCGCAUUACGCGACAAUACUUGUUGCACGGCUCGCGUCUGCGAAAGUAUUCUAAACCUUGUUGAACUCCUAAUGGACAUGGGAGUGAUGAAGCAAUGCCUUCGAGAUGAGACUAUGGGUAGUAACGCAGGAUCGGGUACGGGAAUGGACAAAACGGAAUCCGUAAGAAGGCAGGACUCUCCAGUGAACGAACAAGAUCGUAGGCAUGAUUCGGAUGGAAGGCAUAAACCAACAGCUCAUAAUCUUUUAAUGAAUUGCGUUAUCAGAGUAUUGAAGCAUUUGGGUUGCCCGCACGGAUGCUCCGAGGGAAUUCGCGGACCCCACGCGGACUUUUGUCGUUCUCAGGGACAAACGAUAUUGGGAAAAUUACAUCGAGCAAGUUUCAAGCAAUUUUCCAAAUUCCUGAAGACGAUGAUACGCGAACAACCGAUCUCGGAAAUCUUAGACUUUUUUCAUGCUUACGUUGGCUUCUGCGUAGAUCCAACUUCCUUGUUAUCUCCACUGAUUAUAAAAUACCUAAUAGAUCAGAAACGAGGUUCGAACAAGUCACCGGACGCGGCAUCUCAAGGUGGCUACGCAACGAAUUUUGGUGCCGGCAUGAUGGGCACCGGUGGUAGUAAUGUUGGUACUGCGACAUCCGCGUCUCACGCAACAGGAACGACAACAGCUACGGGAACUAUCGCGGCAGUAAACGCAUCCUACAGCACAGGUGGUUACGGUGUUCGCGGCAUCGAGGGCCAAAUAAUGAAUUGCGUUUUCAAGACUCUUGUUACUCGCUUCGUUAAUUCUACGAAAGAAUUAAAGUCUCAAGAAAAUAUUGGAGUUUAUUGCGACCUGAGACAAUUUAUGACUUAUGUGAAGGAAGCUCACGGUGGUAUAUUUCGACGUGUGGCUUUGAGCGGCAUUUUAGAUUCCACUGAUCGUCCCAACAAACGUUGCAACAGCAACGUUCAAACCACUCGCGUCAUCAGGCACAUACAUCAAUCCGAUUUGGAGGAACACGCGGAUAUUGGUGGCGAUACGUGUUACACGGUAGACGAUAGAGGUACCAGAAAGUUUCUUUUCAAGAAGAGAAGCACUUCUUCGACUUGUGCAAGUCUACUUGAAACUGAAUUGAACGAAGAAAAUACGAAAAUAAGUCAGAGCCCAUUGGGUAAUUUGCGAAAGAAACAACACGUAUUAACGCCUAGGCAGAGCGAACGCAACUUAGGAAUUGGAGAAUCCUGUUUAGGAUCUGGAAAAAUACGAAAGUCGACUCGUUUUCAAAUUGGGGGUAUUGUAAAUUGGUUUCGGAAGGAGUACGGGAGAACCGAUUCCACGGAUAGUCAUGAAAGUAGCGAGUCGCCUACGGACGGUAGUUUCGUAAGACAACCGAGUCUACAUUAUUACGGGCAUCACCGUAGUACGUCCCGAACUAGCCGCGGGGUCGGACAAACCUUGCAAAAGGCAAGACGCCGAAUGGAAGAUCAAUGGAAUAAAAUCGGUUUUGGUAAAAGCAAGAAGAAAGAAAGUUUAGAAGAGCCACCUGGUAGCUAUUUUAGUAGAAGAAAUUCCAUGGAACUGGGCGAGGCUUCGAGAGAGUCAGAAUUUGUAGUUUUGAAAGAAAGGAGAUUAGUACCUCGUACGGCCAUCUACGAUGGAAUGCUGAGGUUUUCUUUCCUUUUGGAAACCUGCCAACCUGGCUCUGUACCCGAUCACCAUUUGAUGGCAGCUAUAUUAGACCUUCCUUACGCACCUGUAGUUGCCCGUGCCUGUUUGAUAUUGGAAUGUGCCCACCUGGUUCAUCAAUGUAAUAAAGGGCAUUGGCCAACGUGGAUGAAAUUGAACUUUCCCAUGUUUCGACCGUCGGUCCCCAUUAAUAAUCGUAAUGCAUCGACAGCACUGAGGCGAAUCCAUGUAUUACAGAGAACAGCGGGAAAAUUAUUUUAUCAAUGGGCGGAGGCAAUAGGUGCGAGACUGGAGGAAUUAUUGAUCGAGGAUAAGCAGAAUAUCGAUCAGGUAAUUGCCAUGGUUUCCGAUGAAAAUAAGCAACGUGAUUUAAUCAUCGAGGACGAAGAGGAGGAUUUUCUUGACGAAGCUAGCAUAAAUUGCUACGGAUCACAGUGUCCCGUGGCAUUGCGCCUGGUCGCUUGUAUCCUUCUUUUGGAGGUAACGGCUUUUCUGAGGGAAACGUAUCAGACGUUACCAAAAUCCAAUAAGCUAUUAACGAAAGAACGACCGCCCCCUUGGGAGAGAAUGUACAGCAGAGAAGCGAAUCGAAGAUGGAGCGUAGCUCUUUCAUCGAUGGGUCACUCACAAACGUCGGCUCAAAGUCUUCAAUCGAUAGCUGGCGAUCGUGAAGUGACUGCCGAACGAAAGAUCAGCUUCGUCCUUUAUGAGCCCGACAACGAGUCGGAAGGAAGUAGUAAAUCUACAGUGACGAUCCAAGGAGAGGAAGUCCCGAACGUCGACAAGGAUAAAGGGAAGCGGGCUCAGGCACCUCAGGGUAGGCCAUUUUUACUGCGCCGUGGUACCGGGGGUACCACCACUGGUUCGUUUAAGAAAAGGAGCUUAAAACUACGGCGUGGAACCAAAGAGGGCAAGGACACCGAAUGCGAAGCGUAUACGGUUAAACGGGCCGAUUCGAUACAAUCGAAAAGAAAAGUAAGUUCAUUGUCCGACAGAAGCGACACUUCUGAGCCUGGUGGUUUAGCUGGCGAGGUCAGCGGAGAGGAAUCGCCUGGUAUUCUCAGUGACGAUCAACCACCGGAAAGCCCCAGCGACAGUAAUGAAACAGACGAAACCAACAAAAACUUUCCUUGGAUGAAGGUGCUCGUACAGGUUUCGAAUUCUUUUAAUUUUUAUUGCUCCCAUCAGAAUUUCUGCCAUCCAUUUUGCCAUCGCCGUCAAAUGCGUGCCAGCAGUAGGUUGAUCAAAUCCGUUAGAAAGAUUUACGGGGAGGAAUUUGGAAUACUUAAUGGUACAGGUAUGUUCGACAUCGAUACCGACAAAAAAGAGGACGGCAAAAAAGAGAAACGAAGCCGUAAGGUUUCCGAGCAAGCUAGCACCCAAGUAUCACCCGUUAGAAGGAAAGAUAGCGUAGGACGAAAGUACAAAAUCGACAAGAAUUUGGACGGAUCUCAGUCGGGUCGAUUGUAUCAAAGGGACUCUUCGAAGGACCUAGCGGAUCAAGACUCUGGAGAUAAAGGGAAGGAGUCAUCGAAGAAUUCAAAGGCAAAAGGGGAUUCCGAAGCUGAGGCCCCAGCGAUUCUGAAAUACAUUAAGACACAAGUAAAAAAUGCUUUCCACGCCCCUAUAGCGACUCUGGUGAAAGGUGCGGUUGUGAUGACCGAAGAUCUAUUUGUCGACGUUCUACCUGUAGCCUGGGAACUCCUUUUGGAAUCCAAUCAAGAAGUAGCGGCUUCCGCAGCGUCCCUUUUUAUAGUAGCGGCUGUGCGAGCACCGAAUCAGGCUAGCGAAAUAAUGAACAAUGGCCUUCAACAUAGUAAUUCGUCGGUGCGAAUAAAUGCUAUCUUAAGAUUUCAAGUUUUGUGGAAAUUGCGUUAUCAGGUUUGGCCCAGGAUGGAAGAAGCGGCUCAUAUGACUUUUAAAGUUCCACCGCCUGGAAUAGAAUUCACUUUGCCAUCUCCAAAAAUUGGAAUCGAAUCUUUACCAGUUGUCGAUCCACCUUGGAUGCCUCAAGUUAAAACGAAGGUCGAAGAGGUCACAAUCAAUCAGGAGCGUCACAGAUCAUUGGUGACGGCGACUAAAACUCGAAAGAAACAACAGACCGAGUUAAUAAAAAAAGCUUUACAGGCGCAAGACGAUAAGAAGAGAGAGGAAAGAGAAAAUUUUCUGAUAACAACGAUUCCGAUUACUGUUCAAGCAGCAUACGAACCUAGUCCGGUGGGAGACGAUCAUGACGAAGGUAACGUUGGAGACGAGGAUGGUGCUGAGGCGAUGCCCAGAAAUACUCAGCAUCAUGGUCAAUCAGCUUUGUCAUUGUUUCCAUCCUCUUUGUGUUCCGCUAUCGUUCAAAUAAUAAAUUUACUGGACAACGCCGCCGUGUCCGACGAUGGAAACGCUGUUUAUGAAGUUGCGUACCAGGUGAUCUGGGGAUGUCUUGUAGAAGAUAGUGCGCUCUUCCUUCGUUACGUCUUGGAACGCCUUACAAGGGACAAGCAAGAAUUGAUGUUUAAAAUUCUACGACAUCUUAUUAGAUUUGUCCCAAAGUUACCGCAGCAAGCAGCGUUUGCUCUGUACAAUUACAUAAUAGGGUAUGUAAUGUUCUACGUUCGUUCGCCUCACGAGGAAGGCCAGAAAUUGAUUGGCACUGCUCUGUCUAUUUUAUGGAUGGUCGUCCACAGUGUACACGGUAUAAUGUUCAAAGAUUUAAAACAGAUUCUUCGCAAAGAACAAUGCGACGCUUCGAUCUUGCUAACCGCAAACGUUCCUUCGGCAAAGAAGAUUAUUGUUCACGGUCCCCAGGAUCCGGACGCUACUGGGAUACCAUCCCAAUUUCCGGUACAGGAAGACACACAGUUUUGUCAGAUACUUCGGGAAUCGUUGGACUUUUUUGGAAUCGAAGAACCCAAGCACAAAGAAUACUUUCUUGUAGACUAUAAAACACAUCAGAUACACAAUCCAUCGUCCUACGUUCGAGAUUAUUACUUUUUUAAAAGAUCUCAGUAUCCGCAGAUUGAAUUGGUUCAUAUGAAACCAGAAGAUGCAUUUAAUGCGCUUCAACGACAAGAGCUUGUUCACAAGUUCGUCGAAAUUGGUAAAGUUCUAUUGACAUGGGCAAUAUUGAAGAACGUUGACAUGGUCGUACAGAGAGUUGUAUUUCUGCACGAGGAACUUAUGAAAUUACCGUCGUUUCCUAGAAAAGCUUUGGAAGCGGAUUUGGAUCUUUACAAAGGUGGUGAGAUAGGCAGAGAGCUUCUUGGAUUAGACGUUAUGCAUAAGUUCAUGUGGGUUAGACUGAUAGCUAGGAUGUUCGAGGCAAUGGCUGGGAACUUUGCUUACUCCGGGGACAUUCAUUUGUUUCUGAACGUGUUAAAUGGCGCCGUUAUCCUUCAUAGCGAGGAUUCCUGCAUUUUACGAUACGUUAUCGCCACCUACAUAAAUGCUGCGCAUAAUUUUAAAAAUAUAUUUUCAACGAAUGGCUAUCUCUUGAUAAUGCCAACGUUGCUACAAUUGUACGCGACUCAUCAAGCUAACAAAUUGGUAACUACUACGGUAGAAUACGCCGUUAAGCAGUUUUACUUGAUGAACAGAAAGCCAUUUAUCCUUCAAAUGUUUGGAAGUGUAUCGACGAUAUUGGAUACCGACGAGACAAGUGUCCAUGGCGAAGCUCACAAAGUACCCUCGACGUGUCUGUUCAACCUGUUACUGAGUUUGGAAACGCCGUCGCCCGAUCCUUUAAAUAUCGGAGAACUUGUCAAAGAAGAAAAGCCUUUAAAAGCCAUCGACUUUUGUUACCACGACGAGAAUGAAAUGGUGACCGUUCUGGAUUGCAUAUCACUCUGUGUCAUGGUUAUUGCUUACGCAGCCGACUCCAUUCGGGGACAACAAAUGCUCAUAAUACUAGAAGCAAUAUUACCAUGUUACGUCCAACAAAUCCAAUCUCCCGCUUACAACAAAGAAGGAAAAACCGAAAAAGAAAUAAUCAAUCAAUUGGCUAUAGCGGUUAAGACGUUGGUUAAUAAUUCGGAGGCACUGACCAAGUAUUACAAUGGGCCACAGAAAUCAAGUCCCGAACACAAGGGAUCCAGCCAAAGAAAUUAUGGUAAAGGUCCUUACUCGCCAGGUGUAGAUUUUGAGGACGAAACGCAUCCCACGAAGCCUCCACCCCACAUCGAACAUUCCAAAGUGCGAAAUUUCUACGAUCGCGACGACGAUGCCGAGAGUUCUCAUAAAAAUGAAUUUAGGAGGCCGCGCGAUACCUUACUCAAUAUGGUGGGCGAAUUCGUUGCCCGUUCUUCCGUACGUUUGACCGAAUUGAAUAAAAAAUCUCAAGAUGGUAAAACGAUCGAGUUGCUUGACUCAAAAUGUCACGUGCGAUUAGCCGAUAUUGCCCAUAGCCUUUUAAAAAUUGCCCCUUACGAUCCUGGCACAAUGGGAUGCCGUGGUUUGAGAAGAUACAUGAACGACGUGUUACCGUCCACCGAAUGGUCCAACGACGACAUGAGACCGGCUUUGACAAUUAUUUUACGUAGACUCGAUAAAACUUUCAGCAAGAUACAUAAAAAGGCGUCGAUCAGACGAAAUACCGACUGGACCGCAGCCAGCGAUCUUUUGAAAGGCGUCUAUGAGACUCUCGCGAGGUGCCCCUACAUAGCACACUUUCAAUAUUUGAAAACUCUACUGAGUACAUGUCAGUCUCUAAUCAUUGGCGACACUCCUGCCGAAGAUGUUACCUCUGCCUCAUCGGCCGCGCUAAUGAGUAAAAUACCCCCGCAAUACUUCUGUUCGACGGUCUUACGUCUAAUAGCGUUACACGUGAUUUCUCUUGGCGAGGGUUACUCUUUGGAGAAUGUUUGUAACGGCCAGGCUAUGUUUUCCAAUCAGACAAAGACGGAAAAUAUGCUGCUCAAUCUAUUGAUACCAUUAUUCCUACGCGUUGGAACCGGACGAAAAGAUGUUCCAAAAUUGAGACAGACGGACAUAAGUUUUGCAUUAACAGCGGUACUGAAUACCCUCUGGCCUCCGACUACGAAGACGAUACCAUUAACUGUUCAGACAUUAAAAACCACUACGGAUGCUAGACCUGGUAGUCUAACGUUCGCAGCGAGAGAUUCGAAGACAUUAACCAAAACGUCAUUAACUUUGUAUCAGGUUGCCUUCUUAGCCCUUAAGAUUAUGACGAUAUGCUUUGAAACCGAAUUAAAGAUCGAAUGGCCAAAGAUCUUGCGUACUAUGCGCUUGCUGAACAAACGAAAUGAAGCGUCCAUAUACCUGUGGAACUUUAUAGAAUUCGUCGUUACUCACCGGACGGCUUUAUAUAUCCAAAUGUUGCCGUUCAUUGUUCACAAGGUCGGUCAAACGCCUAUCUCCGAUCACGAGAGAACUAUGCACAGCAUCAUACGUGAGAAAAUCAACGGUAAUGCUACGACCGUGCCUAAAUCUCGUGGAACUCUCUUAACAGAUUUAAUCCACGAACUGAAGGAUUUGAAAGAGGAGAUAGAAAAUCGGCGAUUCGAUGAACUACAACCCGAGCCAAAACGAAGCGUCGCGGAUAUGCAUGUGACCGAGGGUCAACCUCGUACUCAGAGACCAUCCUUACUGAUCGAUCUAUUAAGCGGUGAUUUGGGAUCUCGAACUCACAUGAAUCGAACUCCAGCGGAAACUCCGGUAUCUCAUUCGGCCGUAUCGCAAUCGAUACCUCACUCCACUCUACAAACAGGCCACUCGAGUAGCGCUAUUAAGAUGUCAGCACCAACACAAAUAUAUACCCCGUCGAAUGGUACACAGAUUGCUCGUGGAUCUAUUUCGAGUACCAGCAUAGGAUCUUCAACUUUACGCGAGGCAAAUGACAUGGCUACUGGAGAAUUUAACGGCGAACGACAAGUCCCCACAGCUAGGGAACGAAGAUCCCAACCAUCUUCUGCUAGCGAUGAACGUAACCAUGUUAAGCCUCAUCCUAUAUUACUUCAUCAAAAGGCGCCAAAACUGCGCUUUGUAUCUUCUGUAGAGUAUAGAAACUCAUCAGGAGAGACUGUAACGAGUCAACUGAGCCCGAGCAGUCCGAACGAAGACAGCUCAGGCGAGUCCCGUCCAGACAGGCCUCGAUUGCAACGCUCCAUGGGUCAAAGCAAGAGGACGUUCCGCCUUAGAAAAAGUCGAAGAUCUCACGUCGAGAUGAAGCAAGAACAACAGGACAUGUCAACCAACCAAAGUACAGUUCAGACACCAUCGACUCCAGCAAUGGAGCCUUCUGUCUUCAGCAUCCCUUCUGACUCUUCCUCGAUUCGUUCAAGGCGCAGCUUGUCUGUUCGACAGUCGGACGGUGAUAGGGGUAACAAUAUAGAUCAACAAUUCCAUGCGUUACAACUUCAGCACCACCACCAUCAUCACCAUCAUCACCUUCAUCCUCAAAUGUCGGACGUUUCUUGGGACGAGGACACUUCCAGCACAUCUGGUUAUCGCGAAUCCUAUAGCAUGCAUCUGGAAAGCGUCAACAACACUCGUGCUCAACCACCCCUGGCAUCCCCAGACUUAAACGACAUGCCUUCGACCAGCAGUACCACCACCAACUACAUGGCCUUUGACGGUAGUUCUCCUGAUUGUUCAAUUAACGGCAGUGCUGGCGAGAAAACUAUGUCCCAACAUUCUCUUCUUAUGGUUUUUCCGAAUCAGGAUGAGGAUACGUUAAUAUAAAUGAUAGAUAUUAUUUUUCUUAGACGUUGACUGAUCCUACCAUUUAAUCUUUUGCUCCUAUCGACGGGAAUGGGGGGGGGAGGGAAUAGAGCUCGAAGAACGAGAUUGACGGCGCAAACAAGUAUUAUUACUUGUGUUAGUUAUUCGAGAUCAUUAGAUGAUCAUACAAAUGUUAUAUUUCAAGUGGGUGGUGUUCUUUAGGUGUUCUCCUAAUAAGUAAACGAAAAUGUAUCGAGAAAUUAAUAAAUAAAUACUGGAACGGGGAAGAAAAUAUCUACGAUAAGCUCAGAACCAGUAUGAAAUAAUCUGAGGUUAAAACUUAAGUUAACUGCAUUAUGUAUUUCUCCAAUAGAAAGAUAAAGAUUACAAAGAUUUAGAAUAUCGUAUACGUUUCACGUAUUCUCCGUUGAGCGGAAAGACCAAUUUAAAUUACGAGCGAUAAUAGCCCAAGUCGUCUCGUCCAAGCAUUUGUUAUACUCAUAAAAUAUACAUACGUAUAUAGCGAACUCUUUAUGACCACCAGGCUGGGAUGGCCUAAAAUAUGUUUGUACGCGUGGCUGGAUGUAAGUACAUACGAGAGACGUUACAUUUGAGAAUAAAGAUAGAACGUAUGUACCUGCUGAUAAA